UAUCUAUCUGUCUGUCUGUCUGUCUGUCUAUUCUUUCCUGCGUUAAAAAAAACUAAAAAAGCAGUCAUUAUUGGAAGGAUUUCUGGUUUUCUGGAAAAUUGGGAAGUCGGGAGCAAUUGAAAGUCAAUCAGUACCCAUGGAAAGUCUCCAUGUGGAAACUGCUCAGACUGGGAUGUUACUCAAGGUGAAUCGUAAGCUAGAGGUUCUAGCUGCGAUACCGGUAUUAGUGCGCAAAAAGGAUGUGAUCUUGAAGAAAGUCAGUGCACGGUAUAGGCAAGUUUAAAACCCAAAAAUUGGAUUUACUGGACUGGAAUGAUCAGUGAAAGACUGAAAGGCAGAGAGAAAAUGAUCUCUGCCUGAGCCAAACAAUUCUUCCUAUCUGAAUCUGGUACCCUGGGAGCCUUGAGCUGCGAAAAGAAAAAUCUCCCGCAAAGGAAUGCAGAUAUGCUGUGAAAACCCGACCCCCCCCACACACACACACACCCCACCCCACCCCACACCCCGCCUUCGGAUUGGUGGACUUAAGCCUGGUUUAUGCUUCUCCGUCAGCUCCGCAAGGGACAGACACGCACGGAUUGACAGAAGCGUUUUGCUCUUUUACUUCUCCGUCUCCUGGAGAGUGUUGCAAAGCAAUUGCCCGGCAGGACCACAGAGGGUGUAGCGCUGUUCUGUGGUAUCCUGUCAUGUAUCGGUCCAAGAUAGUGUGUUUAUAUUGUGUUUUUGUGUAUAUAAGAGACUUUUAACACGGACAUAUUUGUCUCUCAUUCUCCCACCUCUUCAUGCGCUCCCCACCUUUAAACCCACAUUUCCUGUCAUUUCCAUCCACAAAUAAAAUGCUUGCUGGGCAUCUUUUUACUCCUCCAGUCACGGGAGAAUUAAACGUUCAUAUUUUUAGAGUUUUUUCGCGAGGUAUUCUUCAAGCUUCUCCGUGUCUGCCACUAGUUAUCCUCGGCUCUCUUUGCAAUGGCGGCGCUGUAAACAACAGCGGCGUCCUGACCAAUCACAAGCUUGCGUAAUCCGUCUCGUUCGACGGAUGUUUAAAAAAGUGGGCUCGACUCUGUACAUACUUGCGUGCCCUAUGCAAGGACGGAUAAUGGUGUUGAGUGUCUCCGCACUGACGCAGACGGAGAAGCAUAAAUCAGGCUUUAGCCUGGCGAAGACAUCAACUGAAGGAGUCAAUGUACUCUUCACUCUCCCUCGAUCUCCCUCCCACCUGUGAUUCAACAGUGAACGAGCGCCUCCAAAGAUGGCUGCUCUCUCUGGGGGAGAACAGGGUCCCAGCCCCUCCUGCCUUCCCAUUGGAGUGUCAUGUGUGAAUUGUUGAUGUUUGUGCUUAUAUGUUUGAGGUGUUUUUUGUAUAGCGAAACGGGACUAACUCUGAAAUGCCUUUUUUCCCUCCCCCCAUUUAUCCUCAUGUAGCCCUUUUCUAUCUAACUGAAAUGAGCACCUUGAAUGGCAGCUCUCGUAGACUGCCUGUAUCUGUUUUGUUCUACAUGUUUUGUGUGUGUAACCUUGGUCAGGCUGUACUGUGGAGUCAAAUUUCUGUGCUUCUGGAUGCUGGAGAACUGACAAUAAAGCUGAUUCUGAUUCUGAGAAGGACACACCUUCACGGUUCCCAUAGUUUCCCUGUGCACGAGCAGAGUGUGCUGGUAAUGUGUGUGAAUGAGCUAACAAUAGGUGCAGGAUUUCUUUUUGCCGCCUGGGCGGAGCUGAGCAGUGCUUUUGACGUGAGUGCAGAGCGCGAUCUGAUGGUACACCGAGAUCCAAUAAAUUCCUAGCCUGGCCUGCCGGACUCGUCCUCUGGUUAAUUCUGCACAGAGACAGAGUCUGGUAACUCACAGGCAGAGAGGCACUUGAGGGGUGGACUAGCUAGCUCAAAAAUAAACAAUCAGAAAAAAGAUGGAAAUGCCGACUGUACCACUCAACACUGUAGUUCGUUUUUUGCUGUAGUCAAAAAUGGUGUUUGGCAACGGCGCGGACAUCUUUCUUUAGCAGAAAGGCUUUUGGCGCUUCUACUUGCUGUUUUAGACGUGUCCAAGUCAUUUAGACCAGAAGAAAGGGUUAGGGUUAGGGUUAGCUAAUUGGCUCGGGUGGAAUUCUCAUGUAAGUCAGCUAAUUUAAAAUGUUUUUUUUAGAUCCAAAGAAGUUAUCUAUGGUUGGUUAGUAGUUGCAGCCUCGGUGGCUAGCGGGUAGUAACUCACUUAUAUUUUUAAUUUAAUAAACAUAUACACAAUUUAAAAAGUAAAAGGCUUGUUAUAUAUUUAUAUUGAAAUUAAUGCAUAUAAAGUAUAACGUUGUCUCCCGUGUCACGUGAGGUUACGUGACACGGGAGACAACGUGAGGAAGCCGUGGUCACGUGAUGCAAGUCUGUUCCAUUUAGCCAUUUUCUUUGACCAAGAAAAGGACUGUGUCCUUGUAAGCAAGGUGCCUGGCCUCGCAAGACAUCGCCUCGCAAGGCCAGGUGCCUUGACAUUGAGAAACACCCCCUUUCUCUGUGCAGAAUUAAACAGGACAGGCUAGCAAUUUCCCUCUUUCCUAUUCAUUUUCUCUAUCCCUUUCCUUAUGUGAUGGGAAUGACAGAUCCAGUCUGGUACCAUCUCAGUAUAGAGGCAGGUGGCUCGCAUUGGAUGGAUAGCAGGGCGGGGCGAGCCAUCCAAUAAAAGGCAGCUGGCUGAUUCUCCAGCAGGACAGCUCUUGUGUGGCACCUCAGGUGCUAGUGUGCGUAAAGACUCCAACUUCAAGCGGCGAUUGUAAGCACUCACCCUCCUGUGUUGCCUGUGCAGCAUUAGUUAAUCCUCAUUGCUCCAUCUUAAUUUGUGUUGUAUCGUGCGAUCACAGAGUGGAACUGCAUAUGCUGUUACAGUGUCAAACUGCACCCAGGUACUCCUAGUCAGCUCUCUGCCCGUGUGGGCGUGGCAGCCAUAUUAAGGCUGAUCUGAUUCAGCCGCUCUACGACUUGUGGCUGCCCGUGAUGGUUGGCCUGAGAGCCGCUCUUUCAUCUGGCUUUACCCGAAGCGGUGCCACAUAUCAGCGGAGCAUCUGACGACGGCGGCGGUGCACUGGCCCUCCUGCUGCUCCAUCUCGCCAUCCCGCCGCAACCAAUCCCAUCUUCAGGCAUCUUGUGUGCCCAGAGGACUGCCUCACUGCUGUUUCGUCUACAUUGAUUUGUUUUAAUUAACCAACUGGCGUCGGACACCUGGUUGCCGGGGCAACCACCGGAAUGCCCACAGGCUUAAAAGGAAGUAUCCAGAUUUUGUUUGCUAUGUUUUUCAUAUGUUUCAUUAUUAUUGUUAUUUAGUGUGUUUUGUGUACUUAAUUUGUGUAGGUUUAAAGGUGUAGCAAUCGAUGUUUCUGAAGAACCGCCCACUCAACAUUCUUUAAAAUGUGCAUGCGCACCCCUCUACCAGUCCGUGGAGCAUGCUCGUGCACGCUCUGUUUCCAAGCAACUGCCGGCUUUGCACCUGUUGACUCUAGUAAAUUCUUUUUUUCCCACAAUGUCAGAUUCUCCACCAAGCUUUCCUGAGGAAAGUCUUGUUGGUUCCAAUACGGACUACGAGCCCGUGCCCGGUCCAUCCCGGCCAAGAUUCAGGAUGAGGGGUGCACCUAGAGACCGAGUGAGACGAUCCAGGGCCGGAAGAGCUACAGCUUCAACAACCCGCGGCAGCCGUGAGCAGGAAGGAGGCGGCCGUGUCAGAGGUCGACGUCAAGUUCGAGGUCAAGCUGGAACCCGUGGGGGUCUGCUCGCUGACAUUACACGGGAUGACUUAGAAAGGGUCCAACAACUCCGGCAACAGUUGGUGGCAGUGAAAGAGGCUAGGAUAAAGGGACUGACGCUAGAAGAGGGCCAACAGCUUCUACAAAGAUGUCUCACACGGGGACCUAGUCUCAUCUUUGACCUGAUGAGUCUCACCCCUGAUCACCCUCAACCUGGACCUUGUCCUCCACAGUCACCCAGCUGGUGUGUCUGUCUACAGUGCAGAAAUAUGGCAACACCGCUGGAACAAAAAUGCUGUCAGCAACAACCACAGAACUUUACAUCACUGUUGCCACUGUUGAAUGAAGGUGCAUUGCGACUGGCCAGACGAAUCUGGAAUGACGUUAGAGCGGAGGCUGACAUCCGGGAUCCGGGAGAAAGCCAUAGGCAGUUCUGCUAUGCAGCAUACAGGAACUUUAUUGUCUGGCAGUAUGGCCUUCUGGGACCUGGUGUUAGAAUUGUUAUACCUUCAUGUUGUGUGUGGAAAAUUAGAGAUCAUUUCCCAGAUCCAAAUGGACAGUAUGUAGGCUUUCUUCCAUCAAGAGUGUAAAACAUUUGUAGAUGCCUAAUAAAUCUUUUUGUAAUUUACCUAAAAAAAGAGACCUCAAGAGCUUCACUUGCACACUCAUAACCUGAUUAAUUACACGGUUGUAUUCUGACCUUCAAAUGUGUAACAUUUCCAGGUUUUAAUUAAAAAAAAGUCUUCCAGGGUUUGUUAGGUGUUCAAACACAACUUUAUUUACAUUUAUAAAUACAUAAACAA